GGCAAUCAUACAACAGAAAAUUGCACAAUUGCAAGGUUAACCAGAACCAAGCAGCGGAACAGAGUAGAUAAACGCUACAGAUAUACUGAACAAUGAUGAAUAGACUUGUCAGUGAAUGAACACAGAGAUAUUAAGUGCGCGAAUACUUGAUGUGAUUCUCUUACAACUAAUCGAUAGCACAAUAGAAACAGAAGAAGCGUAUGUUUAAAUGAUCAAUAAUGAUAUUAUCAAAUAUUACUGACUCAAGUCCUUUCUAAUUGUGAGUCAUUACUUUUUUAUUUAGUCUGUGCCACAGUAUCUCCAACAUGCUUCUGUGUGUGUGUGUGUGUGUUGUGCGUGUGUGGGCAUGUGCAUGCUUAUGUGCAUGUGUAUCUGUGUGUGUGUUUGUGCGUGCGUGCAUGUGUAUGCGUGCGUGUGUAUACAUGUGUGUGCUUGUGCAUGUGUGUGUGUGUAUGUAUGCACGUGCGUGCGUGCGUGUGUAUGCACGUGCAUGCGUUUGUGCAUGUUCAUUUGUUUUUGUGUGCUUGUGCAUGUGUGUGCAUGCGUCUGUGUGCGUGUGCGUGUGUAUGUGCAUAUGUGUGCUUGUCUGUGUGUGUGUGUGUGUUGUACGUGCGUGUGUGUGUGUGCGUACCACGCAGGGCAAGUCCUUCAUCAAAGACGCGCUGAAGUGCAUGGCCCACGGCCUGCGGCACAAGUUCAGCUGCAGCAGCCGCAAGUGCCUGGCCAUAAGCGAGAUGGUGCUGCAGCUGCAGCGGGAGUGCUACACCCGCUACGACCUCUGCGCUGCCGCCAAGGGCAACGUCAACGUCAUGGUCGACAUGAUCCACUUCCAGGACCUGUUUCCCAAGGGGCCUCACCUGGAGCUGGUGAACAUCCUGCUGAGCUGUGGAGAGCAGGUGAAGGAGGCGCUCACCUGGAGCGUGCGGCAGCAGUGCGAGCAGAACUGGGGCGCCCUGUGCGAGAGCCUGAGACUGUGCACCCCAGGGGACCCCCCCGCCGGCCCCGCCGCUCCGCCCCACCCCCAGAGCGCCCACGCCCAGGCUCCCCAUGAGGGGGGGGGCGGGGGGGCAGAGGGCAACGGGGAGACCGAGGGCAACGGGCCGCCAGAGAGCUCUCAGAGUCCCGGCCAGGCGUCUCAGGAGGCCGAGGACCCAGAAAGAUCCGGAACCAGGAGGCUGCAAUUCCACAUACAGUGACUGCUGCUUCGUAGCCAAUGUAGCCUAUAGCAUGACAAAGCUCAGCCUACCUCACCUACACAGAAAGGCCUGAUUGGCUCAUAUUCAGGAACGGAAUCAAUUCCACCGGGAGCUACUUAGACGAGUAGCAUUCCCAAAGCUGUUAUACAUACUUAGACCAGUCCCAGGAUUAUCUGGUGCCUAUCCAAGCGCCGUCUUCAGAAAGACAGACUGAGAUAAAGUGGAAGCCGUGCGUGACACACCCCGGGAAACUCUCUCUCUCUUCCAACCUCUUUCCUCCACCGUUCGACUGCUAAUGACAUGCUCCGGCUUCAAAAUUGUCCGUUUGCUCGGAGGGGCAGGCAUAGCUCUGAUUUCUCCUGCCCACGCUCCAGUGAGCGCCAGCUGAAGUUCCCUUUGAAAUUACAAAUGGAACCGUUACCACCAUAAAGACGCCGCUUUUGUUUUAAAUGUUUUAAUGUCGUUUCUUUCGUUUCGCUUUUUGUUGGCCAAACUACUUCGCUGAAACCAAACAGCCGUUCAAACCUCCGUCCUUAUUUUCACACAUCUCUCCUCGUUGUGUGCUCGCACCAUCUUUGCCUUCUCUUGCACAAAUCAAAUUAACCGACGAGUCUAGAUGGAGGCAAGUGAAUCACUUCAUGUCAGUUGAUCAUUUGUAUAAAUAAUGUAGACAUAUAUGAACACAGUGGACCUAUAGCCACAUAUUUGUGUGUUUUUUAAAGCGUGUGUUUUUUUUUAAAUGUUAGUGUUUCUAUACCUUAUUUCCUCAAUGUAAAUAUUUGAUGGUUUUUAUUUAUUUGUGUGUCUCUUAAAUCACACUUUCAUUUUGACCUGUCUGUCUCCACAUGGCCUCUCCCUGUCUGUUGUACGUUACCCUGGUUCUAGCAGUGAAGUCAAAUAUAAUUUUAUAAUAUUUCAAUAUUUUAUCGGUCAUGUUAUGCUUUCUGUAUUAAACAUUCUUCUCUUAAGAGAUGCUUUCUUUA